UCAGAAGUCGGGCUCGCAGGGUCGCGCUGGCCGGGGCAGCCUCAGGACUGCGGACUGCGGGUCAGCGGUGUCCGCUCUGGACCGCGGAUCGCUUAUGUUUGUUUUCUCCAGACGCAAUGGCCCGUGAAGAUGAUCUGCGGUCCCAGGCUCUCACCAAGCCCGCUUUCAGUGAAACGCAAGCUUCUGCCUUAGUGGAGUCAGUAUUUGGGUUAAAAGUUUCCACGGUCCGGCCGCUCCCUAGCUACGAUGACCAGAACUUCCAUGUGCACGUUUCAAGAACCAGAGACACUGCAGAUGGCCCAACUGAAUAUGUCCUCAAAAUAAGCAACACUGAGUCGAGCAAAACUCCAGAGCUGAUUGAAGUUCAGAGUCACAUCAUCAUGUUUCUGGGAGCUGCUGGGUUCCCCACGGCCUCUGUGUGUCGCACUAAAGGCGACAACCUAACGUCUCUCGUGUCCGUAGAUAAUAACUCGGAAAUCACAAGCUACUUGGUGAGGCUGCUUACUUACCUCCCAGGAAGACCUAUAGCUGAGAUUCCCAUCGGCCCCCAGCUACUGUAUGAGAUUGGAGUGCUAGCUGCCAAGUUGGAUAAGACACUGGAGAAAUUCCAUCACCCAAAGUUAAGUUGCCUUCGUCGAGAAAACUUCAUUUGGAAUCUGAAAAACGUUCCUCGUCUGGAGAACUAUCUGUGUGCCUUGGGCCAGAGCCGGAACCGAGAGAUCGUCACACAGGUCAUUCGGCUGUUCAAGGAUGAAGUCCUGACCAAGUUAAGUCACUUUCGAGAAUGUGUCAAUCACGGAGACCUCAAUGACCAUAACAUUUUAGUGGAGGCCAGCAAGUCAGGCUCUGGAGGCACCGCGUAUCAAGUGUCUGGGAUUUUAGACUUUGGUGACAUGAGCUACGGCUACUACGUGUUCGAAGUGGCCAUCACCAUCACGUACAUGAUGAUUGAGAGCAAGAGUCCCCUACACGUGGGCGGCCACGUGCUUGCCGGGUUUGAGAGCGUGAUCCCACUGACGCCUGUGGAGAGGGGCGCCUUGUUCCUCCUCGUGUGCGGUCGCUUUUGUCAGUCACUCGUCAUAGCUGCGCACUCUUGCCGGCUACACCCGGAGAACACAGAGUACCUCAUGAUCACCGCCAAAACCGGGUGGAAGCACCUGCAGCGGAUGUUCGACAUGGGCCAGAAAGCGGUGGAAGAAAUCUGGUUUCAAACUGCCAGGUCCUACGACUCUGGGAUCUCCAUGUGACGAGGCGAGAUUUCACAUUAACCUGGAGGGUUAAUGACCAGAGGACCAAAUCCAAUCCUGCAAAGGAUUCCCCUGCACAGCACAAAUGAAUCAAUGGAACGGAUCAGUGCACAUGAACCCUCCGGCCGCUCUCAUGGCCACUUGUUAAAUCUAAGGGAGCUCCCCCCCAGCAAGCAUGUCUGUUGGGGGUCUCGCUUGCCUCGCAGAGUGAUGUUUUGAAUCAGAUAAUUUCUCAAGAUGUAUGUAAUCCAGCCCCAAGAUCGAGUGUUUUCAGCUCUGAAAGGAACACUAUGUAUGGGCAUAUUCAUGCAUAUUAAAUCACUGAGUGUCGCACAGAGACCCGACUAACAUGUCACCAAUUCUGCGAAGCCUUUCCCAUUGCUCCGUCUCUCUAGAACCCACUCCACUCUGUCUUUUGCGUGGCACAUCAUGGCAUCGCAGGUGAUGGCUGUGCAGUCACGUGGCCUAAGAGCUACUUGAGGGCAGAGACUCCGGAAGAUGAUUUUUUGUCUCUUGUCCCUUUUUUGUUUUCUUUUGCACCUGACAUAGUGCUUUCCCCAUGGUUUCAAAAAAUAUUGACAAUGUAAUGUAUGCUAAAAGAAAGGUUAGAGAAGAUAAGGCAGAACUAAGAUGCCUUAGGAGGAAACACAAAUGGUGUUCCGAAGAAAAAGUCUGCAUUUGAGAGGACAAUUGAAACUGAAACUCUUGAGAUGCUGGAAGAUCCUGGACCUUCAAGGAGGCAAGUAAAGACAUCCAGGCAAGGCCAUGACUCCCGAGGCACCUAAACAUAACGGUUAGUUUUCGACUGAUACUAAGAAAGUCUCUAAGCAGAUAUUUCAAAUAUCUCAUUUAUGGCUCUUUACAUAUGGAUGUGAUGUUGGUGGGCAGCGGCUCACUGUGUACUGGACGUUCAUUAUACCACUAUUUCCUUCACUGAUUUCUCGGCACGUCUCCUUCAGUAUGAUGUAUGAAGCGGCUGUUUACUCCUCCUUGUGGGUUCAACUCUCUGUUCACUAAGACGACUCAGGUCUGCAGCCCUGGUCAUGCAAAACCCCCUUCCGGUGGCUGUCCCUCUCUGUCUGUACGAGCAGCCGCUGCCUCCCCGUCUCUGGAGUCGCACCGUUAGUAUAAGUUCAGAUGUAGUUGACAGGGUUUAUCCCUUACCAUUCCAGAGACUACAAGGGUUCCAGAAGCUUUGUGCCAGAACCUGGAUGGAGACCAAUCCUGUAUUUCUUACUAUAUCACAUUAUUUUACAUGCAUCAUCUCAUUUUACAAUAAAAAAAAACUCUCAUAACAAACCCA